ACGCCCCGGACGCGCAGCUCUUCCCGCGGCAGCCGCAGCAGGAGCAGCAGCAGCAGGAGCGUCUCUGCCGUCACCGCCUGGACUGCCGGUCCUCACAGCAAUAAACCGUCGCACUGAAGAGCCCGACGACCUGCGGCCAAGAUGGUGAACUUCACUGUGGAUCAGAUCCGUGCCAUCAUGGACAAAAAGUCCAACAUCAGGAACAUGUCUGUGAUCGCCCACGUGGAUCAUGGGAAGUCCACGCUGACGGACUCGCUGGUGUCCAAGGCGGGGAUCAUUGCUGGUUCCCGAGCUGGAGAUACCCGCUUCACAGACACACGCAAAGAUGAGCAGGAGCGCUGCAUCACCAUUAAAUCAACGGCCAUCUCCAUGUAUUACGAGCUGGGGGACAACGACUUGGCGUUCAUCAAGCAGAGCAAAGACGGAAAGGGCUUCCUCAUAAACCUGAUCGACUCUCCAGGUCACGUUGAUUUCUCCUCUGAGGUGACCGCUGCCCUCAGGGUGACUGAUGGAGCCCUGGUGGUGGUGGACUGCGUCUCCGGUGUGUGUGUGCAGACUGAGACUGUGCUACGGCAGGCCAUUGCCGAGCGCAUCAAACCCGUCCUGAUGAUGAAUAAGAUGGACCGGGCCCUGCUGGAGCUGCAGCUGGAGCCCGAUGAGCUUUACCAGACUUUUCAGCGUAUCGUUGAGAAUGUCAACGUCAUUAUCGGCACGUACGGAGAGGACGAGACAGGACCGAUGGGAAACAUCAUGAUCGACCCCGUCAUUGGUACCGUUGGCUUCGGCUCCGGCCUCCACGGCUGGGCUUUCACCUUGAAGCAGUUCGCUGAGAUGUAUGUGGCCAAGUUCACCGCGAAAGGAGAUGCUCAGCUGGGACCAGCAGAGAGGUGUAAGAAAGUGGAGGACAUGAUGAAGAAGCUUUGGGGAGAAAGAUUCACUGAUCCAUUUACUGGAAAAAUUGUUAAAACGGCUACUGGCCCCAAUGGUCAGAAGUUUCCUCGAACAUUUAGUCAGCUUAUUUUGGAUCCCAUUUUCAAGGUGUUUGACGCCAUCAUGAAUUUCAGAAAAGAGGAGACGGCCAAACUGAUUGAAAAGCUGGAUGUCAAACUGGACUCGGAGGACAAGGAGAAGGAGGGAAAGCCGCUGCUGAAGGCUGUGAUGCGUCGCUGGCUGCCUGCUGGAGAUGCCCUGCUGCAGAUGAUCACCAUCCACCUGCCCUCCCCUGUCACCGCGCAGAAAUACCGCUGUGAGCUGCUCUACGAAGGGCCGGGAGACGACGAAGCCGCCAUGGGCAUUAAGAACUGUGAUUCCAAGGCGCCGUUGAUGAUGUACAUCUCCAAGAUGGUCCCAACCAGCGACAAGGGCCGCUUCUACGCCUUCGGCCGUGUGUUUUCUGGCUGUGUGUCCACAGGCCUGAAGGUUCGCAUCAUGGGCCCAAACUUCACCCCUGGCAAAAAGGAGGACCUCUUUGUCAAACCCAUCCAGAGAACCAUUCUGAUGAUGGGCCGCUAUGUGGAGCCCAUUGAAGACGUCCCAUGCGGUAACAUAGUGGGCCUUGUUGGAGUUGACCAGUACUUGGUGAAGACGGGGACCAUUACCACCUACGAACAAGCCCACAACAUGAGGGUGAUGAAGUUCAGCGUGAGCCCCGUGGUCAGAGUGGCCGUAGAGGCCAAGAACCCCGCCGACCUUCCCAAGCUGGUGGAGGGCCUGAAGCGCCUGGCCAAGUCGGACCCCAUGGUGCAGUGCAUCAUCGAGGAAUCCGGGGAGCACAUCAUCGCCGGAGCAGGCGAGCUGCACCUGGAGAUCUGCCUGAAGGACCUGGAGGAGGAUCACGCUUGCAUUCCCCUGAAGAAAUCGGAUCCAGUGGUGUCUUACAGAGAGACAGUGUCAGAGGCGUCGGACCGGACGUGUCUGUCCAAGUCUCCCAACAAACACAACCGUCUCUUCAUGACGUGUCGUCCCUUCCCCGACGGCCUGGCUGAAGACAUCGAGAAGGGGGAUGUCACAUCCCAGCAGGAUUUGAAAGUUCGCGCACGUUACCUCGCCGAGAAGUACGAGUGGGACGUGACAGAAGCCAGGAAGAUCUGGUGCUUCGGCCCAGACGGAACCGGGCCCAACCUGCUGGUCGACACCACCAAAGGGGUUCAGUACCUCAAUGAGAUCAAGGACAGCGUGGUGGCUGGCUUCCAGUGGGCAGCCAAAGAGGGCGUGCUGUGCGAGGAGAACAUGCGCGCCAUUCGCUUUGAAAUUAAUGACGUGACCCUGCACGCUGACGCCAUUCACCGCGGUGGAGGACAGAUCAUCCCCACCGCCCGCAGGGUCCUGUACGCCUGCCAGCUCACUGCCUCCCCUCGCCUCAUGGAGCCCGUCUAUCUGGUGGAGAUACAGUGCCCGGAGCAGGUGGUUGGAGGGAUCUACGGCGUGUUGAACAAGAAACGAGGUCACGUGUUUGAGGAAUUCAACGUGGUGGGCACCCCCAUGUUUAUGGUGAAAGCUUACCUGCCCGUCAAUGAAUCCUUCGGGUUCACAGCUGAUCUGCGCAGCAACACCGGAGGCCAGGCCUUCCCUCAGUGUGUAUUUGACCACUGGCAGAUUCUCCCAGGUGACCCCAGCGACCCAACAAGUAAACCCGCCCAAAUUGUUGCAGAAAUUAGGAAACGCAAAGGUCUAAAAGAGGGCAUCCCCGACCUCGACAACUACUUGGAUAAACUGUAAACACUCACUCCGAAUUAUUAAAUACCAAAUCAGUCUCUGCACCCUUCCCCAUGGGCACUUUAAAAUCUUUGCACAGGCUUAAAUGAUACAUUACACGUUAUUUUUGACUUUCAGUCCAGAGCAGAAACAAAAGCUAAAGCUUUGCUGUAGCCGUCUGAAGGCAACAACGCUUUUUUUCCCCUAUUUCUCUGCAACAGUACACCAAGUGCCUAGGGCAAGAGUUUUGGGGAACAAUUGGAUCAAAGCAGCUGUGUUAUCAAUUUGUUUUGUUUUUCUGUUCCUUCACAUUUUUCUGCCUCCCACUCAUCUGUCAGGAUGGCCUGUUCAGUACACUGUGAUACUGCUGCAAUAACGCAUAAAUGUGAAUGGUUCAUGGCAAAAUAACCAUUAGGGCAGUCGUACACACUGGAACCGAGUCCGACCUUUGUUCAGUGAAUGGAAAUGAAAUAAAAUGUUGAACUCAUAACAAAA